AUGGAAGCUAUCGUAAAACAAUGUAAAAAGGCAUGUCCUUUUUUACAUAAUUCUACUACCGCCACUCUUAGUAAACUUUCUCGUAUGCCAGCCCCAGCUGGUUUUGCCUCCGAAGUAAGCGGUAAUGUUCGAACAAAUGCUUUGACCACCAUGGCACAAAAAUGCCCAGUUAUGGGUAAAGCAAUUGCGAUUCAAAGCAAAAGUUAUUUGCGUACUUCUGCCAGAUUAGCGAAACAUCCUACCCUUCCCUUGAAACAAGCUGCUUUAAUUAAUAAUGAAAAUGAAGCUCGUGUUGCUGCUGCCGUCAUGGCUGCUUUACAAGGUCAAACUCCAACCACCCAUUCGACUCAUUCUAAACCAUUCGAUUAUGAAACUCUUUAUAAAUCUGAAUUAGAAAAAAAACAUCAGGAUAAGAGUUAUAGAUAUUUUAAUAAUAUUAAUCGUCUCGCUAAACAAUUUCCGAAAGCUCAUACUGCAAACCUCCAAGAAGAAGUUACUGUUUGGUGCAGUAAUGAUUAUCUUGGAAUGGGAAGAAAUCCUUUAGUUCUAGAAUCUAUGCAAAAAACCAUGAACAAGUAUGGGGCAGGUGCUGGUGGUACCCGUAACAUCGCUGGGAAUUGUAAUUUACACUUACAACUUGAAACUGAAUUGGCGGACCUUCACCAUAAACCUGCAGCGCUUGUUUUCUCUUCAUGUUAUGUUGCUAAUGAUGCAACAUUAAGCACGUUAGCAUCAAAACUACCAGGAUGUGUAAUCUUUUCAGACGCAUCAAAUCAUGCUUCGAUGAUUCAAGGAAUUAAACAUUCAGGAGCGAAAAAAAUGAUCUUUAAACAUAAUGAUUUACAAGAUCUUGAAACAAAAUUGCAAUCGGUUGAUAUACAUAUACCAAAAAUAAUCGCUUUUGAAAGUGUUUAUUCGAUGUCAGGAUCGGUUGGACAGAUUGAAGAAAUUUGUAACCUUGCCAAGAAAUACGGUGCAAUUACAUUUUUAGAUGAAGUUCAUGCCGUUGGUAUGUACGGACCUCGUGGAGCUGGUGUAGCUGAACAUUUAGAUUUCGAUCUAAAUGCUUGCUAUCCUCAUGGAAAUAAUGGCGGCAUCCUUGAUAAAGUUGAUAUUAUUUCCGGUACUCUCGGUAAAGCUUUCGGAGUUGUAGGAGGUUACAUAGCUGGUUCUGCUGCUUUGAUUGAUAUGAUUAGAUCUUAUGCUCCUGGAUUCAUUUUUACCACCUCCCUUCCACCUGUU